CUCCCCAUCCCCGUUCCCGGCCCGAUCGCGGCCCCGUCCCGAUCCCCGGGGGCGGCCGGACCCCCCCCGCCCUGCGGAGCGGGGAGCGGCGCCGGGCAUGCGGGCGGUGGCGGCGCGCCGGGAGGUGGGAUGCUGUCGCGGAAGAAGACGCGGACGGAGCUCUCCAAGCCGGGCGAGGUGCAGGGGAAGUACGUGAAGAAGGAGACGAGCCCGCUCCUGAGGAACCUGAUGCCUUCCUUUAUCCGUCACGGUCCGACCAUUCCAAGACGAACUGACAUCUGCCCUCCCGACUCCACGCCCUCUGCCUACGCCCCUGGAGGAGAUGGAAUUGUUUCCAGGAACCAGAGUUUCCUCCGAACCCCAGUGCAGAGGCCGCCCCACGAAAUAAUGAGGCGGGAGAGCAACAGACUGUCUGCACCCUCCUAUCUGGCCAGGAGUCUGGCUGAUGUCCCCAGGGAAUACGGCUCUUCCUCCCAGUCCUUCCUGACAGAAGCCAGUCCUGGGCUGGAAAACGGCGACCCCGGGGCCCGGUGUUAUUAUUAUGAUCACUUUUACGAGGCCCAGAGGAGGCGGCAGGUGAGCGACCGAGCCCACGAGGACUACAGGUAUUACGAGCACAACAGUGAGCUUUUCCAGAGGAUGUCCCAGAAUCAUGGGAGGCACACCUCAGGCAUCGGGAGAGUUGCUGCUACAUCUCUAGGAAACUUAACAAAUCAUAGUUCUGAAGAUUUACCUCUUCCUCCUGGCUGGUCAGUGGACUGGACUAUCAGAGGAAGGAAAUACUACAUAGAUCACAACACCAACACCACUCACUGGAGCCACCCUUUGGAGCGGGAGGGGCUCCCGCCGGGCUGGGAGCGCGUGGAGUCCGCGGAAUUCGGGGUCUACUACGUGGAUCACAUCAACAAAAGAGCUCAGUACAAACAUCCCUGUGCUCCCAGCGUUCCCCGUUACGAUCAGCCGCCCCCCGUGUCCUACCAGCCGCAGCCGGCGGAGCGGAGCCAACCCCUGCUGGUCCCUGCCAACCCCUACCACACUGCUGAGAUCCCAGACUGGCUCCAGGUCUACGCCAGGGCUCCUGUCAAGUAUGACCACAUCCUGAAGUGGGAGCUGUUCCAGCUGGCGGACCUGGACACGUACCAGGGGAUGCUGAAGCUGCUGUUCAUGAAGGAGCUGGAGCGGAUCGUGAAGCUGUACGAGGCGUUCCGGCAGGCGCUGCUCACCGAGCUGGAGCACCGCCAGCAGCGCCAGCAGUGGUACGCCCAGCACGGCAAGAACUAUUGACCCCUCCCCACGGACUCUCUCUCUUUAAUGUACAGAACACCAACCCUGUUCCUGUUCAGGAGCACCAGGAGCUGAUUUCUCCCAUCAGAUCCGAGCCUGAGUUGCCUUAUUUUUUACUUCAGAUUUUACUGCUUGUUUUCACUCAGAGGGGGAACACUUGGGACCUUCCUAAAGACCAAGAUCUCUAAGCAGAGUUUUUUAAAUCCUGGCUAAACUGCAUUUCACAAAAAUCUGACCCACUCUGGUGGGAAGGCAAUGGCAUUGUCACUGUGCCACCCCACGGGGAAAAUCAGGGAUGUAACAGCAAUUACUGUUCUUUUUUAACGAGCUUUUGUCUUGUAUUAAAGCUCCUCACUUGGGGAAAAUUUUUAAUUGUCCACUUACCCUCUCCAGUAUUUCCAUCUGGUUCAUGAAUUGUCCUGAAAUGUUAUUUAUGGAUUCUUUUCAGUGCAAUAAACACUGCAGACAAAAAAAGUACAUUUCCUGUAAAUCCUAUUCAUUCAAUAAAAAUCAUUUUGUUCGAUGAGCGAAGGGUCGUGGGACUGGUUUUUGGGGCUCUUAGAACAUCAAGUAAACUGCUCUUACAAGCAGUAAAAGCCACGUGGGUUUGGGAUGCUCCACUUGCAGUGGUGGCACCGUGUUCUGGGCCUGUCAGUGGGUAAAUUACCCACAAAACACCAACUGUGAGAGCCAAAAUGAAACCAGAAAUGUCAAAAACCCCAGAGGAGGAGGGGUCAAGAACUUUUUUUUUUUGCUAGUAAAUAACUUUUCCCUGUCGAACCAACUUCUUAGGAACCAAAAGCAAACUUUAAUAGUCCUGACAAUAAAAGAAUAGAACUGUACCACACGUCCUAUGCACUAUCAUGGAUAAAUAUGUACAGAAAUACAGUGAAACUUCCUCCAACACAGCUACAAAGUGACACUUUGUGCAGACAAACAGAAACAGCCCCGUUCCCCACACAUCGUUAACAUUCCACAGCAGAAGUGCCCUUACAGUGUCUGAUAAAGCAAGUUAAUACACCUUUAAUUAUGUUUAUGUCAUUAACUAGUUAAUUGAAGGGGAAAAAAAAAAAAAGUGGUUACAUGUUAUAACUCGUUCAAGUACCUGAAAUAAACUGGCUUUUGGAUAA